AUGGACAUCAUCUGGCGAGAUUCGGCUGAACCAGCCGUGUACGAAGAGGCUCGCGUAGGUCGUGUAUUCAAUCACCGUCGUCCCCAACGCUUUCCUUUGGCAGUUGUCAAGGCUACCAGCACGAGCGACAUUAUUAAAGCUGUGAAGCUAGCCGCCGAAAAGAAGUGUCGCGUUGCUAUUCGCUCGGGAGGGCAUUCAUGGGCAGCAUGGAGUGUCCGCGAUGAAUCCAUCCUCAUUGACCUGGGGAACUACAAGCACCUGGAAGUGGAUGCGGAAAAUCGCAUCGCAAAAGCCACUCCUAGUAUGACAGGGAAAGAGCUCAAUGGAACCCUGAUCAAGGAAUAUGGCUUGAUGUUUCCGGGAGGUCACUGUCCCGAUGUCGGCCUGGGUGGGUUCUUGCUACAAGGCGGAAUGGGAUGGAACUGUCGGAACUGGGGUUGGGCGUGUGAACGAGUUCAAGCAGUAGAUGUAGUGACAGCCACAGGCGAGCUGCUGCACUGCAACGCUACCCAGAACCGCGAGCUCUACUGGGCUGCUAGAGGGGCUGGUCCAGGGUUCCCCGGUGUGGUAACGCAGUAUCAUUUGGAGCUGAUCCCAUACCCCAAGGACGGAUUCCGCUCGUCUGGCUACGUCUACCCUAUCCGACAGUAUCGACAAGUCUUUGACUGGCUCCUGUCUAUCACCCCUGGCUUCGACGAGGACACUGAAAUUGCCGCCGUGGCCGCGUACCCCGAGGGCAUUGAUGAGCACUGCUUCUUCGUGUUAUUUGUCGCCAUGAAGUCAACCCCUGAAGAAGCCGAAAAGGCUUUACUGCCAGCGCAGAUUACAAGGCCAGCCGGGGCGAUCCAGGAGUGGUUCUGCCAGGUGGAUAGCCUGGAAAAUCAGUACUCUAAGCAAGCCAAAGCUAACCCAGAGAGACACCGGUACUGCGCCGAGAAUGCCUACAUUCGGAAUGACGCCGAUGUCCCCACCGUGCUGGAGGAAGCAUUUACGACACUGCCCCACAAGAAGGCCUUUGCCCUCUGGUACGCCAUGUACCCCUGUAGCCGUCGGAAACUGCCCGACAUGGCCUUGAGUAUGCAGUCAGACCAUUACUUUGCACUCUACACUGUGUGGGAGGAGGAGAAGGACGAUGACAGAUGUCAAGCGUGGGUGGCUGAUGUUAUGAAGAGAGUCCAGCGACAUGGGGUCGGGUCUUAUCUGGGAGAUGCGGACUUUCAGGUGCGAAAAACGAGGUACUGGGCGGAUGACAAUGCUCGACGCUUGAUGGACAUCCGUCGCAAAUGGGAUCCUCAGGGGCGUAUCUGUGGGUAUCUGGACCAGGGUGAUCAAUCUGGAACGAGAGGGCUGGAUAAUGCCAAGGAGAUCAAGUUGUGA